AACUCAAAGAGCACAUGCAGUAUUGUAUGGACCAUCCUGAUGAGAUUAUCGAGCUUGCUAAGAUGAAAGCUCAACAAGCUAAAGAUGACAUGAGGAAAGAAAUUGAAAAGAUUCUUAGCCGUGGGAUAUCUUGUAGUUUGAGUUGCAGCUCAGAGCCACAGGUUUUCAUAAGACCAAGGAGAAGAAAGAUUCCGUUUCAGAACAUGAAACUCAUUGUUCUUGCAAUCAUCAUCGCCUUGAUCCUCAUCAUCAUCCUCUCAGUCUGCGGUGGCUUCAACUGUGGCAAAUGAGUCUGGGAACAUUUUCUUCCUCGUUGUGCUGCU